AGGAGCAAAGCGAGGGUUUCUGGUUUUGGGGCUGCCGUGCUCUUUAUCUACGGGACUCCGGCGGCGACCACCACCACCAGGCGCUCGGCGAGUUGGAUCGUUCCCUGCACCAUGGCGUCGGAGAAAGAGGCGGCGCUCGCGGCCGUGCCCAACGACAACCCCACCAUAUUCGACAAGAUCAUUAAAAAGGAGAUACCUUCCGAUGUGGUGUAUGAAGAUGAGAAGGUUCUUGCUUUCAGAGACAUAAAUCCUCAAGCACCGAUCCACAUUGUGAUCAUUCCUAAAGUCAAGGAUGGACUAAGUGGCCUUUCAAAGGCAGAAGAGAGGCACGUAGAGAUACUUGGCUUGCUCCUCUAUGCUGCGAAAGUUAUCGCAAAGCAGGAAGGACUGGAAGAUGGCUAUCGUAUCGUCAUCAACGAUGGCCCUAGUGGAUGCCAAUCUGUUUAUCACAUCCAUGUCCAUCUUCUUGGAGGCAGGCAGAUGAACUGGCCACCGGGCUAAGCAACGCCUGCUUGAUGAUCAGUCUUCAUGUCAAGGAUGUUAGUUGCAUCUCCCUUGAAUAAGAGUUCCUGUAACUGACAUAACAGACCGUGUGCUGAACUUGUGCUAUAUCUAUGCAUUAUUGACGUGUGUUGUGUUCUUGUUAGUCUGGCACACCUGUGAACCUUGUUACCUGUCAGUGGAAAUGCAAUGAACCUGGUGUUGUGUGCCUUUCUUUGGCAUGAUGA